AACUUCUGCUAAUUGUACACUUUUAUAAAGUUUCCAAUCUAAAUCACAGAUAAAGCAUUUACUUUGAUUUUUUUUACCAGAUACAUUACUUCAGUCCUUUGAUGUUGAAUUACAGUGACACCAUGAAAGGAAUGUUCAUCAGCAACACAAGCAAAGAAUAUUAUUUUAAUUCCCCAAUGUAUUGUUUGGUCGUGAAAAGCCCUCAAACUGGCUCUGUUAUUGAGUUUCAUAUUUCAAAUUAGCUCAUGGUUAAGCAUAUUACAUAAAAAAACACCAGAUGUUAAUUGGCAACCUUAAGUUCCCAAGGGAUAGGCCCAUUUAAAGUUGUAUAUAUAGCACCAGUCAAACAUAAGCAAAAUCAAACAAAGGCACAAAUCACAAAAAAUAUUUUUAUUGUUGUUGUUGGGUCCAUUUUGUCAUUGAAAUAACCAUCUAUAUUGUGACAAAUAUACAUGGUGGACGUCAAACUUUAGAGCUCAAUAACAUGCCACUUUAUUAUGGCUUAGUGGUGAGAACAUGACACUGUGGAACUUUUGUUCACAACAAUUUAAGAAUGCAGAAAAAUGGGCUCCAGCUGGGGCACUUCUCUCAUGCUGGAAAAAGGGCUGGUGCUCGAGCAUCACUAAGGAGUCCAUCUGUGCACGUCCUUAAUCGUGGCCUGUGAAGUUUCUAUUCGACUCUUGCAGCAACACCGCAGUCGUCUCCUCCUAUUCCACCCUGCCUGCACUCUCUUCUUUAAAAUGGGUUGAAUCCACAAAGGAAAUAUUGUUUGAUGUAGUCUGGCGGUAUUUAUUUAUUUAGCGUCAUGCAAAACUAAGUCCUUUAUUAUUAUUAUCAUUAUUAUUAUUAUUGUUAUUAUUAUUAUUAUUAUUAGUAGUAGUAGUAGUGGUAGUAGUAGUAUAUUAGUAGUAGGAGGAGGAGGAGGAGUGGUAGUGUUAUAUUAGUAGCAGUAGUAGUUUUGUUCAUUCAUGCAUCAUGUACCAAAGCACGGCAUUCAGUCCUUCUCAUAUCAACGCUGUAUGACAGCCAUGAUUAUUAGGAUUAUUACAAGGUUCGAGAGAGUGGCCGGAGCUAUUUUGUACCUGCCGGGGUUCCGUAGAGGAGGAGAUGCUGAGGCGCCCCGGUGUCCGUGUUGAAGUGUUGGCACUCGGUGUUUCCGGGAGGUCGGCUACGACGGCGACGCGACGAAUGGCCAACACCGCCAACCCCGGCGAUUUUGGGAGCAAACAAACGGCGGACUAUGGUCGGACAGCCACGAACGGAGCGCGUGUGAUGUAGCUUCACAAAGCUGCGCACGAGCACUGAGGACGGCGACUGAUGCUAACCGCUACUAGCUUGAGUCGCAUCCACUUUCUCAGUAAUAUCAAGAAAAAUACUUCGUUACGGCAGUAGAUGUUUUAUCUUACAUUGAUGAAGGCAAUGGUUAUGUUCAUAAACGGAUGUUUAGUGCCAAGCAAUUCGACUAUUAGCGCUAAUGCUAAUCUAAAUAACGGAGCUAAUUAAAUGUUUUUUUUCCUCCCGGAAAGCUAUAAAGCUUGGAUAAGACCCGAAAAGAGGACUGAUAAAUGUUUAUAUAAUCUUCGAGACCCUUGCUGUAGUGGCUGAACCCCGUGUGGUUAAAGGUGGGGGCGGUGAAAGACGUGCAAAUGUCAUUAUUGAGACGCCAGUGCGUGUAGUUUCUGUACCCUCGCAGUAGUUGCUCCCGAGCUAGAGAUGCGCCUCUCGUCAUUCUUGGCCCUGUUCAGGCCUGCCUUGCCCCUGAUCCUGGGGCUGUCUCUGGGCUGCAGUCUCAGCCUGCUCAUGGUGUCCUGGACUCAGGGAGCCUCGGAGGACUCCUGCAGGGAUGAGAUGGGGAAGGGGAACAUGUACAUGGGAAGAGGGGACGCGCAGAGGGACCACAGGGACGGAGCCUCGCAGGAAGACUUCCAGCCGCGAAUAAUCCCCUACCACAAAGACCCCAACAAGCCGCAUAAGAAAGUCCUCAGGACUCGCUACAUCCACACAGAGCUGGGCAUCAGAGAGCGCCUCCUGGUGGGCGUCCUAACUUCGAGGGCCACCCUCAACACGCUGGCCGUUGCAGUCAACCGGACCGUCGCGCACCACUUCCACCGCACCUUCUUCUUCACGGGCCUGCGCAGCCCCAAGGUGCCUCACGGCAUGACUGUGGUUGCCCAUGGCGACGACCGGCCCGUCUGGCUGAUGUACGAGACGGUGCGUCACCUGCACCAGCACUACGGCUCCGACUACGACUGGUUCCUGCUGGCGCAGGACGACACGUACAUGCAGGCUGAGCGGCUGUCAGAACUGGUGGGGCACCUGAGCGCGGGCCAGGACUUGUACAUGGGCCGAGCGGAGGAGUUCAUCGGCGGGGAGGAGAAGGCGCGCUACUGUCAUGGCGGCUAUGGCUACCUGCUGUCUCGUAGCCUUCUGGCUCGCCUGCAGCCGCAUCUGGACUCGUGUCGCAACGACAUCCUCAGUGUGAGGCCCGACGAGUGGCUGGGCCGCUGCAUCAUUGACUUCCUGGGCCUCAGCUGUGUGGAGGUCCAUCAGGAGGUGACGUAUCGCUAUUUUGAGCUGGGGAAGAACGCAGAUCCAGAGCGAGAAGACAGCGCGCAGUUUAAAAACGCCUUCACCGUGCAUCCGGUGUCGGAACCAAAUCUGAUGUAUCGCCUGCACAAGUGCUUCAGCCAGAUCGAGCUGGAUUGGACUUAUCUGCAGAUCCAGCAGCUGCAGAUGCAGAUCAACAACCUGAGCGACUUGACCCCUGAAGGUAAAGCUGGUGUCACGUGGCCGAUCGGAAUUAACCCUCCUUUUAAACCCAAAACCCGAUUCGAGGUCAUCAACUGGGAGUACUUCACUGAAGAGCAUAUUUACACGUGCGUCGACAGCGCGCCCAAGUGUGAGAUGCGUGGCGCCGACCGUGCCGACAUCAGCACCGUCUUGGAGAUCGCGGUGGAGCGUCUCAACGAGCGCUACCAGCCUCAGCUCCGCUUCCGAAAACGGCGCCUGCUGAAUGGAUACCGGCGUUUCGACCCCACGCGGGGAAUGGAGUACGUGUUAGACCUGGCAUUAGAGGCCUACACGCAGAAAGGCCACAGCCAGGUCAUUGCCAAACGCGUCCAUCUUCUUCGACCUCUGAGCGCGGUCGAGAUCAUCCCGAUGCCUUAUGUCACCGAGGCCACGCGCGUGCAAGUGAUUCUGCCGGUCACGGCGCAGGACCAGGACUUUGUGGGGAAUUUCCUGGACAUGUACGUGAUGGACACUUUGGACACUCACGACAACGUUUUACUGACCUUCUUGUUCAUCUACGACCCUUUUGAUGCUCAACGAGUGAGUCAGACGGAUGUAUUCGCCGGCGUCAAGGCCAUGAUCGGCGAGGUGGAGAAGCGCUACGGAGACGUGAAGAUCCCAUGGAUCAGUGUCAAGACGGAGGUUCCGUCGCAGGUGAAGCUGAUGGACAUCAUCUCGAAGAAGCACCCGGUGGAUACGCUCUUCUUCCUGGCCAGCGUGUGGACAGAGGUCAACGCUGACUUCCUGAACCGCUGCCGAAUGAACGCCAUCACCAACUGGCAGGUCUUCUUCCCCAUCCACUUCCAGGAGUACAAUCCGGCCGUCAUCUAUCGGGACCAGCAGCCCUCGGCCGCCUCGGCCUCCUUCACGUCCGAGUCGCUACGAGACGGCCACUUCGAUCGCCGCGUCUUUGACGAAGCGUGUUUCUACAACGCUGACUACAUGACGGCCAGGACCAAGAUGGCUGCGGACAUCCUGGACAACGAGGAGAUGCUGGAGAGCAUGGACGUGUAUGACAUAUUUGUGCGCUACUCUGGUUUACACGUGUUCAGGGCGGUGGAGCCGGCGCUGAUCCAGAAGUACGUGCGACGAACAUGCAACCCGCGCUUCAGCGAAGACAUCUACCACCGCUGCGUCCUCAGCAACCUGGAGGGGCUGGGCUCGCGCUCGCAUCUGGCCAUGGCGCUGUUCGAACAGGAGCAGGCUAACAGCACCUAGAGAGCGCACUCUCACUUCACUCUGCUCCUGACAUUUUAGCUUUUUUAAGAGAAGCAGAAGAGGUCUUUUAAAGAGCAGCUGUUGACUCAUGACUGUGUGCCUUCCCUCUGACUCAAUUUUGGACGACAUGAACGCUGAGUUGUAUCUGAGGGGGAAGAACGUACAGGACGCCAAAACAAUAUUUAUACGACACACAUCUAACGGAAAUGCAUUUUUUUAUUAUUUGUCUUUUUUUUGCUUUUUUUAAAGAAGAGAUUUGAGCCAUGUUGUCUUGUGAAGACAUUCAAGAAUCGACUGGAAAUAAGUCAAAGCCAUCAACUGCCUUUUUAAUUUUGUUUUAUACAUUAAAGUGUGUCACUCCUCAGGGUUUUGGCUCUUAUCUGGAUUAACACCAUCAGUCUCAGCUCUCACUGCACUGGGUCACAUCUAUGGGGAAAGAUGAGUAUCAGCGCCUCACAUUUUGACGGUAUGGACCUCCUCAAAAAGACUUGUCAUGGCCUGGUACACAAACUGGGUUGUCUUGUGGGUGACCACGAAGUUUCCUGUUCAGGUCGAGGGGCAUAACAUGACAAACGGACAGAUUUUCGCGGCAUUCUGAUGUGACAAUGAUUGAAAAAAAAUGGAAGAGUGAAGUCGUAUGCCUGUGUCACAAGCAAUGAAUGAUGAACGGACUUGUGAAGGUCAAAAGUCAUCUCUACUUCUUUACACGUCACUGUAGUAGUACACAAUCAUGAACAACAGUGUGUCAUCCCCAUCAUUAUAACCAGAAGCAGUCAGUCAUUUGGAUGGAUAUAUCACUACCAGAAUUUCCUCAGUGGGAAUAAUACUGUAAUUCAGCUUGUUCAGGAGUGUAGGGACGACCUUUGAACUUGCUAGUCUGGUGUGUGCAUACUUGAUGUCACUGACAUCCCUGCUUCAUUUUUCAAUGAAUUGUUUUCAUACACAUUUUUACAUGUAGUGUGAUCACACAAAAACUGAGCUGAGAGAUAUGUGUGUGUGUGUGUGGCGCCACCAUCUGAUGACAUCAGUAAACCAUUUCAGUUUUGGUGUUUAGUGAGUAAAUCACACUUCAAAUAAACAUUGAAACGUUUACCACACGCUGCCAACAAAAAUAGGGACCUUGUGAAUGAACCUGGUCUGGAGAAUAUGUUGCUUGUUGAUGACAUAAGUGUCCUGUUCCUCAGAUAUUUCAAUUUAUCUAACACAUUGGGUGAAUGCGAUGGCGAUCCUGACCCUCAUGUCCACUUGUCUUCAGGCUCAGACUGAACCAAAAUGGCUCAAUUUUUUUUUAAACACUGUGUGUUUGUCCUCGAAGGAAAGUUUUUUUCACUGACAUUAUGAAAUAUAAAAGGUGACAGACCAGGUGAAUUCUCGAAAGAGAAGAUAAAGUAUCCCUGAGAGUUUCAUAGUAGAGGGUGAGGGUACAAACGUAUCCCUCUUUGGAAAGCGGAGUCAUAGCGCGAGGUUGUUUUAAAGCCUGCAGUUCUGCUCGUGAUCUCAUGUUGUCAGCAGCAGUUAAAACACCCCACCUCUGCUGGGGCCUCCCUCGGGGGAACCUGUCAGGAGGGUCGGACUCACUCCGCCUUGUUGUCUGUGAGCUCAAUGGUUCUCUCAGCACUGUCCCGUCCUU